GCCGACUCGGCGGACAAAUCGACUGCUGAGUCAGGACAUAUUUAUCUUUGUUUUCAAAUGCUGCGAAAAAUACGCGCCUCGCCGCUGCAGUGCCGACACACACAUCGUUUUUUCACAAGCUCAAGCGCAUUACAAUUACCAAAAUGUUUUCGAGAGGAGCAUUGCAUUUCGUAGAAAAGAAACUCGAUGUAGAUAAAAUGAUGAGUGAAAUAAAGAAACAUCCAAUAUUAUGGAACAUUAAUACAGAAGAUUAUAGAGAUCAAAUGAAAACAAAUCCGUGCUGGGAAGAAAUUAUCAAGGCUUUUAGUUCUGAAGAGGAACUGAGUUUGCAGGAUAGGAAAAAAAUACGAGACGUACUGCAUAAAGGUUGGAUAGAAAUAAGGGAUGGGUUUGCCAGAAAAGGCAAGUCUGGAGACGGAGCUAGCAAAGAAGCCCCCGACAUGUACCCACAGAAGUUCGGAUUACUUGGAGACACUGUUGCACCAAAAAGAACAGCUGGUUCGCUAGAACAAACAAUCAUAGUCAUAUCAGAUGAUGAACAAGGAGAAGGAGAAUAUGAAGGCGACGAUCAACAAGAUGGAAUUCAAGAAUCUACAUCUGUGCCUCCCAUCCAUUCUUCUGCAUCAAACAUUCCACAUACUAAGGUUGGCAAGAAGAGACAACACCCUGUUGAGGACAGGAGUCUACGUUUAUUGAACAGGAGACGUACUGCAUAAAGGUUGGAUAGAAAUAAGGGAUGGGUUUGCCAGAAAAGGCAAGUCUGGAGACGGAGCUAGCAAAGAAGCCCCCGACAUGUACCCACAGAAGUUCGGAUUACUUGGAGACACUGUUGCACCAAAAAGAACAGCUGGUUCGCUAGAACAAACAAUCAUAGUCAUAUCAGAUGAUGAACAAGGAGAAGGAGAAUAUGAAGGCGACGAUCAACAAGAUGGAAUUCAAGAAUCUACAUCUGUGCCUCCCAUCCAUUCUUCUGCAUCAAACAUUCCACAUACUAAGGUUGGCAAGAAGAGACAACACCCUGUUGAGGACAGGAGUCUACGUUUAUUGAACAGGUUCGAGAAGAGAUCAAAAAUUUACAAAGCAAAAGAGACGGUUGAGAACGAUAAUCGGCGUUUUUUGCUGUCUUUAGUGCAAAAUCUUGCGGCAUUGCCACGACUUCUGAAUACACCUUGCAAAGUUGAAAUUAUGAAUUGCAUCCACAAGUACGAAAAUAUGAACCUACAGCUAACAUCAAAUCUAUCAAGAGUAGAGUCACAUCCAAGUCAACAGCAAAACAAUCCUCCACGUUAACAGCAAUCACAACAACUACCUCAGUUUCAACCAAGACACUACACACAAACGUACACCUCCAGUUAACUGUAAUCACAGCAUCCACAUCACCCUAGAACAUCUGUGACCCCAAUGCCAGCUCCAUCUCCACCCGAAUCUGGUGCAUCUUAUGUAUCUAGUUUUGUUGGUGAAAAAGUUUAUAAAUAAAUAUAUAUUAUUAUUUACCUGAG